UGAACUGGGAACAAAGGAAAGCAAAGAAUCGAAAUGGAAAAGCAAGAUGGAAACAGAGUGGUGAUCCUAGGAGGCGGUGUUGCUGGUUCUCUCGUUGCUAAAUCUCUUCAAUUCCAUGCCCAUGUCACUCUCAUUGAUCCGAAAGAAUAUUUUGAGAUUCCUUGGGCAAGCUUGAGGGCAAUGGUUGAGCCAUCCUUUGCAGAGAGGUCGGUGAUCAACCAUAGAGAUUACCUCACCAAUGGUGACAUUGUUGUAUCCAGUGUUGUCAAUUUGACCGAAACCGAAGUGUUGACCGCAGAUGGCCGUCGGAUUGUCUAUGACUAUCUUGUUAUUGCCACUGGCCAUGCAAAUAAUGUCCCCAAAAGUAGGAGUGAAAGACUUAAUCAGUACAGAGAAGAAAAUCAAAAGAUAAAAUCUGCUCACUCCAUUCUGAUUGUUGGAGGAGGUCCUACUGGUGUGGAACUUGCUGGAGAGAUAGCUGUUGAUUACCCAGAUAAGAAGGUUACUAUAGUGCACAAAGGAUCAAGGCUGCUCGAAUUCAUAGGGGAAAAAGCUUCUGAGAAGUCUCUAAAAUGGUUGAGAUCAAAGAAUGUUGAGGUGAAACUAGAGCAAUCAGUUGAUUUGAACGCUGCCACAGACGGAUGUAAGAUAUAUCAAACUUCACUUGGAGAGACCAUCGAGGCAGACUGUCAUUUCUUAUGCACAGGGAAACCGCUUGCUUCAGCUUGGCUAAAAGAUACUGUGUUGAAGAAUGACUUGGAUUUUCAUGGAAGGAUUGUGGUGGACGAAAAAUUGAGAGUCAAGGGUCGGGGCAACAUUUUUGCCGUUGGAGAUAUUACAGACAUUCCAGAGAUCAAGCAAGGGUUUUUGGCACAGAAGCAGGCUGAAGUGGUUGCAAAGAACUUGAGGGUGAUCAUAGAGGGAAGAAAAGAAUGUGGAAUGGAAACUUACAAGCCACAUUCAGUAUUGGCAAUAGUUUCACUUGGGAGGAAAGAUGCGGUGGCACAUUUCCCAUUCUUGACAACUAUUGGAAGAAUUCCUGGCAUCAUCAAAUCUGGAGAUUUAUUUGUUGGUAAAACAAGAAAACAAAUAGGACUCAACCCUUAAGUUUUACAAGCUUGACUCGAUACUAUGCGUGGUGUGGAUUCAAAAUCAAUCGGUUUCAUAGUUUGUAUCAAUGUUAUUAAACCCAACCAAGCAUCGACUUGAUCAGGAUAUUGGGUCACCGGUAGGAUUGGGAUUG